AUGGGUGGUUUCUGCUUUUUGGAACUAAGUAUUUGUGAUCAGAAAUUUUCUUCUUUUGUUUCGUAUGGUAAAGAUUACUGCAAUUCUAGUUGGUUAGAAACAGUUUCUGUGUAUAGUUCUGUGCGUUUCAUGGCAGCUGAAAUAAAUGUAAUGAACUUCAAAAAUUCUCAGAUUGUUAGUGAAGCUUUCGUUUGUUUGUCGGAUGUACGUUCAAAAUUUGAUUCCUCAUCUAAGGUGAAGGGAAGUGCUAUGAAUAGUGUCACUGUUAUUUGUCCAAACUCACGUCGUUGUAUUAUAAAAGUUACUCCUUCUACUCCGAUUCGGAAGUAUCUUUUCAAUCUUUCACAGAUUUUGGAGGAAGCUUGUCUAAAGCAGGGUUUCGAUAUUUGUUCUCAUGAACUAAAGCAUCAGAAGCAUACGUUGGAUUUAGCAUUGCCCCUUCGUCUUACAGGUUUAUCUAAUAAUGCUACUCUUGAGCUGGUUCCAUCUGUCCACGACAACAUUGUUCCAGUACGAGUUCAGAUUGCUUUGCAGCUCUCUGAUGGAUCUCGAUUACUGCAAGAUUUUCAAAGCAAAAUGAAUUUAUGGGAAAUUUUGAAUGUUUUCUCAAAAGAAUCACCUCAUAAUUUGAUAAAAUGUGCCGAUGGUCAAGUUCCAUGCUGUAUUUUCAUGAAUAAAGAAUAUCGUGGAGAGACAGAACUGAAAUCAACUACUUUGGAAGCAAUGGGAAUAACUGCCGGGCGAAGCCUGAUAAGGUAUUCUGUUGUAAAUAUGACGGCAGAUGAACUAUCAAAACUCGAAAAUCGUGUUGCGGAAGAAAAGGAACGGAUUGCAAGAUUGGAACAAGGGUAUGAAGUACGAAAAACUGAAAAUGAACGCCGUCUUCAAUUAGAAAUUGAAAGAGAAAAGAUUUUCAAGAGUGAACUUGAAAGUAAACCUAGGAUAAAUGCAACACAAGAAUUAGAUCAUUGUGAGCACACUAUCAGAAAUACGGAGGUUGAAUCGUCUGCUCAUUCGAUGUCAAUCAAGCCAUUGAACGAUAACCCCGUUCAGCCUGUCACUGAAUCUGAAAUGCCGGCUGCAGCUUCAGACCGUUUGCAGCAUCUAUAUUCACUUUUAGAUGAGAUUGAUAACAGUUUGUCCACUAAUACAGCUGAUUUCCAUGCUAGAAAAGUUCUUAGUGAUGAAGGCCAUGCAAAUAUGAGUACGUUGCACCAAAGAACUGAAGUAAUGAAGGAUGAAAAAAAAAUAUCUAGCGUACCUGUUGAGAGGUGCAACCGAAUGCCUGUUAUUAUCAGACAAGAUUUGGAGUUGAGUGAAACAAAUACAAAAAUUCUCGACGAGACAGAAAAUGAUAUCGAUGAUCAGUUUUUUGAUCUUACUGUCAACGAUGUUCAGAGCAUUCAUCGCGACCUCAAAGCUCAGGCCCACGCACAACAGCAAAGAACUUUUGUGUCGAAAAAAUAUGUCACUGAAAUUAAUCAGCAUCGAAAAGAAGAAAGUUACAAACACACUGUGGUACGAUUCAAGUUUUCAGAUGAGACAAUUGUACAGGCCCAGUUCAUUUCUCAAGAAUUGGUAUCAGAGUUAUUCGAAUUCAUAAAAGAAAAUUUAAUAAUUAUGGAAACAAAGUUCGACAUUUGUCUUGCAAAUCAUAAGCUUUCUCCCACUGAUCAAAAAAGUCUUAUUGAUGUUGGCGUAGCACCAAAGUCAUCACUUUACGUUCAAUUUCACUCAUCAGAUAAUACAUUCGAUUCCCAUUUUUUCCGAGACAAAUUUCCUGAGGCUUCUUUAUCGGUAGCUGACGCAAUGAGUCGAGAAUGGUUAUCUGUGAAUAGUGAUUAUAAGCCAUAUAUCCCUGUAUUAACAGCUUCACGUGAUGUUCGUCCUAGUGGAAAACGUCAGCAAGACAGAGCUGGAGAGCGAGGGAUCCCACCUAAAUUGAGCCAGCAGUCUUUGCCGAAAUGGUUUAAAAGGCCAUGA